GAGAAAUAAGAACUAAAAAUCCUCUCUCUCUCUCUCUCUCUCUCUCUCUCUCUCUCUCUGUGCAGUAGUAGUGAGACCGAAUUUCGGUGAAAAGUACUCCGGAUUCUGGGGAGAGAUUGCAAAAUCAUGCUCUUAUCUCUGCAGCGGUAGUGACACUCGAAUUUGGGUGAAAAAUACCAUGAAUUCUGGUGUCUUUUGAAAGAGCAGUACUCAAAACUAGUCCACGUAGAAACUGGAUUUCUAGAGGCUUCCGAUCGCAAACAAGGUCAAGGUUCUCGAUCUCAAUUGUUGGGAGGAAAUAGUUGAAGGUUCAUCUUAUUCUUUCCGAUAGUUUUCCAAUUAUCUCUUCAUGGCUGAAGUUGCUACAGCUUGCACCCAACCAGUUUGCAAGAUUGGGAAGUGCUUAUGGGCUCAUAUUGCUAGCCGAAUCAAUUAUGCCAGAAAAUUGUCAAAGAAUUGGCAAGCGCUUUGUAAGAAAGCAAUAGAGUUAGGGAUCAAAAGAAAUGAUAUUGUUGUCGAAAUCAACAGAAUGAAUAUGCAGAAAACUCCAACAGAAGAAUGUGAUGCUUGGAGAGCAGAGGUGGUGGAGAUGGAAAACAAGAUUGAGACAAUAAAGCAGGAGUUCGAUGUUGAGAAGAAAUGUGUUGGGGGAUUAUGUCCUGACAUAUUUGCUCGUAUAGAGCUUGGUAAGCGAGUGGCAAAUAUGAUCGAUGACAUUGACGUGCUCCUAGAAAAGUCCAAGUUCGAAAGAGGAUUUCUUGUUGAUUCACCACCAGCUAUAGUUGAGAAGAAGCCAGGCCCCGAUUCAACAUUGUCAACGUCUGCAUAUAAUACACUGGGCAUGGUACUGGAUAAAAUUCGAGAUGAGAGCACUCCAAAGAUUGGUAUUUGGGGAAUGGGCGGUGUGGGGAAGACAACUGUUUUGCAACUCUUGAAUAACACGCCAGAAAUUAUAGAAAUGUUUGAUCACGUGAUAUGGGUGACCGUCUCAAAAUCUCCAAGCAUUAGAAUGGUACAAAAAGAAGUGGUACGGCGUUUAAAAAUAAAAUUAGAUGGGGGUGAGUCUGAUGAAACAGUAGCAAGUCGAUUGUUUCACGAACUUGACUGCAAGAAGUACUUGUUACUUUUAGAUGAUGUUUGGGAGAUGGUGGAUUUAGCUGUUGUAGGGCUUCCAAAUCCCAAUAAGGAUAAUGGUUGCAAAUUGGUUUUAACAACCAGGAAUUUGGAAGUUUGUCGGAAGAUGGAAACAUCCACUGAGAUCAAGGUGAAGGUUUUGUCAGAAGAGGAAGCUUUGGAGAUGUUUUUCACAAAUGUGGGAGAUGUUGUCAGGCUUCUUGCCAUCAAAGAGCUCGCUGAAAGCAUUGUCAAAGAGUGUGAUGGCUUGCCCCUUGCCCUAAAGGUCAUAAGUGGUGCAUUACGGAAGGAGGCAAAUGUGAACGUUUGGAAGAAUUUCUUACGGGAAUUGAGGUCACCUGCUACAUCUUUCAUUGAAGACUUGAAUGAGAAGGUGUUUAAGGUACUAAAGGUUAGCUAUAACCAUUUAAAAACCACUGAAAAAAAGAAAUGUCUUUUGUUCUGUGGAUUGUAUCCCGAAGACUCGAACAUUCAUAAACCAGAAUUGAUAGGAUAUUGGAAAGCAGAGGGUAUUCUUUCUAGAAAGCUUACUUUGGAAGAGGCACAUGAUAAGGGAGAAGCAAUAUUACAAGCUCUUAUAGACGUUUCGUUGUUGGAAAAAUGUGAUGGACUUUAUGAUAAUUACCAUGUGAAAAUGCACGAUGUUGUUCGAGACUUGGUGUUGGCAAUGACUUCCCCAGAAGGUGGUGAAGAAUCCACACAUCUGGUGAGAGCUGGAAUUUCUUCAGAGAAGAUGCCAGAGGAGGUGGAAUGGAAAAAGGCAACAAGAAUAUCGUUUAUGGAUCAUGACUUGCGCAAUUUGCCAGAAUCGCCAGACUGUCCCGAGCUCUUGACACUGUUACUUCAAGGAAAUAUGAAUUUAGAGGUAAUUCCAGAAACAUUCUUUGACAACAUGCCUAACCUCCGAGUUUUGGAUCUGUCACGCACCGGGAUCAAAUCUUUGCCAACUUCCAUCUUGAAAUUGGACAAUCUGCGAGAACUAGUCCUUUUAGGUUGCGAGAAUUUGGAGGCUCUCCCUGUUGGGAUGAGAAGCAGACUCUCUCAGAUUGAAGUAUUUAAACUUACAGGUGGGCUGAGUAAUGAGAGUACGGAUAUUGUUGCGAAAGAACUAAGUGACUUGAGUUCACUUUCUUUCCUUGAGUUUGACUUCCAGAGAGUAGAUAAUCUCCAAUACUUCCUGCAACAUAGCAGACCAUGGAAACAGAGGACAUUGACAGUUUUUGGUUUAGCUGUUGGCCGAGUUUCGGAAAUGGAGGGGCCGAUAGAUGAGUAUAAAAGGUGUUUGAGUUAUCAAGCAAGUGGAAGAGAAGAAAUGGGCAGCGGCCUUCCCUCCGCCAUAGAAGAUGCACUCAAUCGUUCGAAUUACUUUCUAUUAAAGGGUCAAGACAAAAUUAAUUCUCUAUCGGAAGUGGGCACGCACAACACUUAUGAGUUAAGAUACUGCAGUAUUGAAGAAUGCGUCGCCCUUGAAAACGUCGCCGAUAGAAAUGGGCUUCAAACCGGUGCUUUUCCAAAUUUAGAAAAAUUAUUUCUGAUCGAUCUGAGGAAUUUGAAGUCCGUUCUUUGUUUGGAGACGGAGGAGGGACAAUUGCUGCCACCAACACCGCCAAAUCUAAACAGCUUUACCAAUCUAAAAACACUGCGCCUUCAUCAUUGUCCACGAAUUGAGCAUGUAUUCUCAAGUAGAUUCAUGGUUCAACAACUAUCUAACUUGGAUUACUUGGAAGUCUGGGACUGUCAGGGACUCGAGGGGAUGGCUCCAGAUGAUGAAAAGAUUGAAUACGAGGCUCUACCCAAAUUGAGGGUUUUGUCGCUCCAUUUCUUACCGGAAUUCGUGAGUUUUUUUAAAGGUGUUCCCAUGUAUUGGCAAUCAUUGUUGGGUGUAGGGAUAAAGGGUUGUCCGAAGUUGAGAAAACUCCCCCUCGACACUAAUAGCUCUCCUGAUUUGAAGGAAAUCGAGGGCCGACAGGAGUGGUGGGACGCAUUAGAGUGGGACAACGAUGCCAUCAAAUUACGACUUCAGCCUCUUUUCGAGUGGACGGUGCUCUGAUGAGCAGUUAGAGAUCCAGCGAAAUUUGCAUCUGAUGAUUGAAGAACAAGGGAGGCAGCUGAAAUUUGCAUCUGAUAAUAAGAGUGUCCCUUCUCUUUGACUGUCCCUUCUUUAGUCAACUGUGGGCUGCCAUUCCUGGUCUCUGCUGCAUUCCCAAGGCCCCUGCCCCUUGGCCUCAGAAGACUACUCCCUAAUGGCCUAAUCUUCUAAGGAGGGUUGCCUUUGCUGCUGCAGUUUAUUUUGUUUGGCAAGAGAGGAUUAGUAGAAAGUCUAGAGGCAUUCAUAAGCCUCCUUUGGCUGUUAUUCGGCCGAUCAUAUGUAUUUGAAGUCAGGAUAAAAGCUUUCUCAAAGCAGAAAUAUAAGGCCUACAUCUUUAUCGUCUCA